AUGACAGGGCCAGCACGACCGGCGGCGGCGCCUCGAAUAUCGACCAACAGCCUACCUGUACCGACUCGACUGUUUCAGCCCUCUCGAAUCCGCUCAUAUAUCUUCCGCCUCCCGCUCUUCACGCGCGUGAUCCUCCUUGCGAUAAUAACAUUCUGGCUCCUGGAACUGCAGACGGUAUGGAGCGUGACAAAAUGGGGCUGGCUAGAGCCCAAAGAGGUCAACUUCGGGAGUCUGUACCGGCUAAAUACGUUCGUGCUGAUACAUACCGGGUUUUGGCACAUGCUGUUCAAUACGAUGUGUCUGGUGCCGUUGAUGGAGAGGUUCGAGGCCGAGUUUGGGACCCUGACCAGCAUUGCACUGUUCCUGGGCCCGUUGGGCCAAAUUCCUGCAGUCAUAUACCUAGUAAUGGACGGCGUUAUUCUAAGGGACAAUACCCCCGUGUUGGGGGCCAGUAUAUGGGUAUUCCUGCUCCUAGCCUCUGAGGCUAUCAAGACGUACAAGUCGAACCCGCACUUUGAUAUCGGUGGCCAGAAGAUUCCAACGUGGAUAUCGCCUCUGGCCAUCCUCGUGGUCACAUCUGUACUCAUACCCGGAGCGUCCUUCUUAGGACAUCUGAGCGGCUGUAUCACCGGCUAUCUUUGGGGCUUGGGAUACAUCCGCUUCCUUGCGCCUCCAGAGAAAGUCCUUCGCUGGAUCGAAGGCAAGCUCAACCUUCUAGGGCGCCUACCACAUUACGUGUCGGUGGACCAAAAGACCUAUGGUCGUUAUGGUGUCCUUCCAACAAGCUCAGCAGGUGACCCCGAGGGGCACAUGAGCCCCAUCGGGCUGGGGUGGCUGGGAACAAGUGGUGGUGGUCAAAGGCUUGGACCUUGA